AUGGCGGUGAUUCGGGCAGUUGUGCAGAAGAUAGCCACCAUUCUAUGGCAGUUUCCUGCGUGUUUGACUUCAUGGAGACGCCCAGAUGCGUUAUACAUGAGACUCCGCGCGUCAGAGAUACUCCAGCAGCUCCAGGAUGAGAACUGGACAGGCCUGAGGCAGCAGUUUCUCCCAGUCUUUCGGUGGUUCAUACCGGUGACUCUUCUCAGCAAGGGAUGGCAUCUCGUGUGCAGUGGUUUGGGCCCGCUCGAGAGCGUUGGAGACCCGGUUAUCACGACCGGCUGGUGGAUGACCACAGCCAAGGUGCCGGUGCAGUUCGAGCGGGCCAAUUUCGGCAUUCUGCUGCAGAUGACGCCAACAGGCAGUCUCUUUGGACUACGCGUGGUCCCACAGUACAUGCUCGGGCUGGGUCCCGGGUGGCAGGUGCCUGGCUAUGCGGACGGUGACGCCGUGCGGGAAUCAGCCAUCACGCUGGGCAAGGGGCAGUAUAAAGUGGAAGGGAGUUUGUGUCUGCCUCCUGCUACUGUUCCUGUGACAGAUGAUAUGCCAUACCCCAGAUAUCCCUGUGUGGUAAUGCUGGCCGGCUCGGGCCCGUGUGAUCGAGACUCAACAGUCAGCGCGAGCAAGCCCUUCAAGGAUCUGGCCUUGGGUCUUGCGCAACAGGGCAUCGCGAGCAUUCGCUUCGACAAGGUGACACACACGCAUCGUAAAGCGCUUCGGGCAUGCAAAGAUAUCACUUUGACGGACGAGUACGUCGAGCAUGCCGUCGACGCGGUACUCCAGAGCCAACGACACCCCGACAUCCUGCCGGACCAAGUCUACAUCCUCGGCCACAGCCUCGGCGCAGUCGUGGCGCCCACCAUCGCCGCGGCCGACGCUUCGAUCGCCGGCUGCAUCCUGCUGGCCGGCCCCGCAGGACCACUGUACCGGGCUGUCGUUCGUCAGCUGCGGUAUCUCGCCUCGCUAGGCGGUCCCGACCAAGAAGCCCUCGAAAAAAAAUGCGUCGAGGCACAGCGUCAGGCCGAAGUAGCAGACAGUCCGACGCUCUCCCUGUCGACGCCCGCAUCCCAGCUCCCCCUCGGCAUAGGACCGGCCUACUGGCUCGACUAUCGCCGGUUCGAACCCUUGGAGACUGCGGCCCGUGUCGCAACCACCCGGCCGGUCCUGGUCCUCCAGGGCGGACGCGACUACCAGGUCACCCUUGCCGACGACUAUGAGAAAUGGCACGCCGCGCUACAUGGUUCCCGCAACGUCGAGUUCCAUGUCUACGAGUCGCUGAAUCAUCUGUUCAUCCCUGGCCAGGGGCUCUCCACCCCGCUCGAGUAUAGCGUUCCGGGAAACGUCGACGAGCAGGUCAUCACCGAUGUAAGCCGAUGGGUGUCGAGAACCUUGAACUAA